AUUCGUGAUUCGAGGUUCAAAGAGUUCUGGGUUCACGAUUCACAUUCACAUUCACAUUCACAUUCACGAUUGCUGAUUGGCAUCAACGUUCGUGACUAUAGUGACUACUCAGCACUCACGACUGUGACUGAUCGACCGGCAGCAUUAAGCACAACAGAAGAGCCUCCCAUUUUUGACAGCUUCACCCCCACACAACCCCCACUCGCUGGCUCGCAUCUCCUCAAAUUCGAGGACUCUGACGGAUCCGUGUGACUUUUUUCACCCGUCAUUCACACCACCAUCACCUCACACCUCGAUCUCACUCUGCACUUCCAGCCGCGGACCUCUGCUACAAACCUGGCGGGGAAAAGAUCAUGGAGCAGCUGUACAACAUCUUCGCAUCCAGCUUCGAUGCGAAUCCUAAUCAUCGAUUGGCUGCUGAGCUGGAAUUGCGCAAAUUGGAGCAGCAAGAUGGCAUGCUCGCCACCGCCCUACAGAUCGUAGCCCACCCUGAGCUGGACAUUACGGGCAGACAAGCUGCCGCCAUCUACGUCAAGAACCGCGCUCGGCGCAUGUGGGAUCACGAGCGAGCCAUCAAUCUUGCCAAAGCCGGAGGAGGUGCAGCAGCUGGCGGUCCAUCGAACAAUGUGCCGAUCGGGGAAAAGGACAGGCAAGAAGUUAGAUCGAACAUUUUGCAAACUUUGAUCUCCUCUCCUCCUCAAUUGAGAUCCCACGUGGCUGCUACGCUCAAUGCCAUCGUCACCACCGAUUUCCCAAAAAGUUGGCCGGAUCUGAUAGAUAGGAUAAGCGAAUUGCUGAAUUCCGGCGAUCAGAAUGCUACGUAUGGCGGUAUUUGCGCUUUGCUGGAGGUGGUCAGAUCUUUCAGGUGGAAGGACGAGUCAUCCUUGUUGGAGCCGGUAUCGGCAGCGACGCUGCCCCGCCUCGUAGCCACCGGCCAGUCCAUCCUCGCAUCGCCCACCGCGUCGUCGGCCCAGAGUGGGGAGCUGCUUUGGAAGCUGGUCAAGGUGUACAAGCUCUCUAUCAAUUCUCAACUCACUGCCCAUCACCAAUCGCACCAAUCCAUCGUGCCUUGGGGUCAGCUCUUCAUCGCCAUUGUCAAGCAUCAGGUCGACCCUAGUCAGCUGCCUGCUGAUGAGGAUGAGAGGGAGAGAGCUGCUUGGACAAAGGCCAAGAAGUGGUCCUUUUUCAACCUCAACAAGCUCUUCACUCGCUACGGCAAUCCCAGUCAACUGCCGCAAAGCUUGGACAAGUACAAGCCGUUUGCCGAACACUUUGUCUCGACUUUUGCUCCGCGCAUCCUCGAAGUCUACCUCGAGCUCACUGUUGCGCGGCUCAACUCGGGACUGUGGCUGAGCAAAAAGGCGCACUACUUUAUCAUUGCCUUUUACGAGGAUUGCGUCAAGCCAAAGUCCACUUGGCUUCUGCUCAAGCCUCAUGUUGAUGAUCUCGUUCAGCGCUUCGUCUUCCCACUCAUGUGCUACACCGAAGCCGACGAGGAGCUGUGGGAGCUGGACGCGGUGGAUUACGUGCGAAGCCAUUUGGAUCCCAUCGAGGAGUUUGGCACGCCUCAGGGUGCUGCCGCUUCGUUCUUGCAAGCCCUCAUCUCCAAGCGCACCAAGUCGACGUUUCAUCCUCAGCUGCAGUUCAUCACUUCCGUCAUACAGACGCGAACAGACAACGAAAAGGAAGGUGCGCUCAACAUGCUCGUCUCCAUCUCCGACACCAUCCUAGAGUCUUCAGAAAUCUCAAACCAGCUCGAGACGCUCUUUGUCACUUCGGUCAUUCCGGAAUUGGCGAGCGGAAAUCGCUUUUUGCGUUUUCGCGCUUGCGAUCUGGUGCGCGUCUUUGCUGGUACGAUGAGGUGGCAGGACACUACGAAUUUGGAAACCACGUUCAAGGGCGUAAUGCAGUGCUUGGAGGAUGGCGAGUUGCCGGUGCGCAUGCAAGCUGCCGCAGCUAUCGGUACGCUGAUCGAUCACGACGAGGUUCACGCGGCCAUGGCGCCCAACGCCGGACCGCUCAUGCAGCGCCUGCUCAAAUUGGCAGACGAGACGGACCUGGAUACGCUCUCUGCUACCACCAGCAAGGUCGUAUCCUCCUUUGCCGAACAGAUCCUACCCUUUGCUGUGGAAUUUUGUCAGCACCUUCGGGACUCGUACAUCAGAGUGCUCGGCGAGCACUUGGCGAAUGCCGAUGCUGAGCUCAACAACAUCAACGGCGAGCUGGACUACAAUCCUUCGGCGGAAAGCAAGAUGUUCGCUGCAGUGGCAGCUUGUCAGACCAUGUAUCAAGUGCUUGCUGCUGCUGAUGAGAAUCAACAGAUCCUGAGCCAGCUCGAGACGGUCAUUUUGCCAGUGGUCAGCUACACGCUCGAAAAGGAAUGCGUCGAACUCUACGACGAUGUGCUGGACCUGACGGACGUCAUCGUCUUCAAUCAGAAGCGCGUCUCGGAAGGCAUGUGGUCCAUCUUUGUCCAGCUGCACACCACCUUCAAAGCGUCCGGCAUCGACUACUUGUCCGAGAUGCUGCCCACGCUCGACAACAUCGUCUCUUACGGCACAGAAGUCAUCAAAUCCCAACCCGAUUAUCGGCGCAUGUUGUUGGAGAUUUUCGAAAUCGGCAUGACGAAUGAGAAUUUGGGAGUGGUGGAUCGCGUAUCUGCUCUCAAGCUCAUCGAUGUCGCCUUGCUACUUCUUACGGGCACCAUCGACGAAGCGGUGCCGGGCAUCGUGCAAAUGACGCUGCCGCAUGUCAAGGCGGAAGGGCGCGAAUCUUCCGCUUCGCUUCGCAAGUGGUCCAAACUGGUCAUUCUCGACGCAUUCGUCUACAAUCCCGCCCUGGCACUCAAGUCGCUCGAGACGCACAACGCAGCGGCAACCUUUCUCAACACCAUCAUCACCGACGUCUCUCAUUUCGGCAAUGUCCACUCGCGCAAAGUGGUUGCGAGCGCCUUUUGCGGCAUUUUUGCCCUGCCUCGCCCCUCGUUGGCCAACGAUGUGCAGGCCCUUUUGCCCCAGCUGCUUGCGGCUACGGUCGAAGUGCUAGAGGGACUGCCGCAAGCUAUCGCAGAACGCAAGGAACAGCUGGAGCUUUUUGACGAUUUGGAUGAAGACGAAGUUGAAGAGGGGGAGGAAGAAUCCGCUAAUGUUGAUGGUGGCGCUUCUGCUGGCGACGAUGCGGAUGGGGAUGUGGUGGAUGAGGAGAACGAGUAUUUGGAAAUGCUGGCGAGGGAAGGUGCUCGUCUGAGGUCGCGCAACCUGGCCAUCGCGACGGGAGAGAGCGCGGAAGAUUUCGAGGAUAUGGAAGCGGAUGAGGAGGAUGAGGAGGCGGACGAGGAGGAUAUCGGGUUCGAGUCGCCCAUGGACCCCGUGCCCGUCUUUGAACGAUUCAGAAGCAUCGCUGGAAACAUUCAGGACGUCGUUGCUGCGCUGAACCCUACUGCACGAGCGCAGCUCGAGCAAGUGGCAAACGGUGUAGACGAGCAAGUGGCCAAGCCGCACGUCACGCCCGUCUUGUGAUCGUCCGAGGCGCCAUCGCGCUUCCUACGUAGAGUCGCUACGCUGCUCCCGCCCGCCCUUUACACUUCAUCGCUCCUCGUGGAUACCCCCUUGGUCGUUCAUCUCUCCGCCACUAUGAAAAGCGCCUGAUGCGCAUCUUGCCUACAUCAAUCGAAAAGUCUUGCAGCGCGCUGCCGUGAUGCCGCGAUUCGGCGUGAUGAGGUGUCUAUCCCACCGUGCGUACCUGUGGCCUCAUGCAGCGAUGACUGUCAUCGUCACCUUUUGACGACGACGACGUCGCACGAAGCCAACGAGG